UAGGGAUGGAACGUUUUUGUUCCUGGAAUAGAGAAUCGGUUCACUUUAUCCGAACCGUCGGUCUCCGACACCCAAGGGCAUUAAAUCCAUCGAAUGCUCUCAUUUUUUACCGUCAUCGUUCUUAGAGCGUAGAGGUUCUCCUGCCGGGGCGUCCAAAGUCGCGAAAUUCCUGCGGUUCCACACAGUCUUGACCAUGGCAAAGGGGAGACGCAAGAACAAGGAACCCCCUACGAUCAAGCCAGUUACUAAGAAGAGGCAAAAACAAUUGGAGAAAAGAUUGCGAAGAAGGCGAAUGAAGAAGGCCUUGAAGGCUAAUGUCGAUCCCUCAUCUAUCAUUGAUCCCUCUCAUGCGUCUACUUCUGCUUUUGCUGAGGUCCCUGCCCCUACACCUGCAUCUGCUGCUGUUGCUGCACCUCCCCCUGCAUCUGCUGCUGCCCCUACUUAUAAUGCUAAUGACAGUGAUGCUGUUAGCAAUGAAAAAAAGCAAAGGGAUUUUCAUGGUUUCAUUUUUAUGUGCAAUGGAAAAACAAAACCGGAAUGCUACCGUUAUCGUGUUUUUGGCCUUCCUGCAGGACAAAUGGAUAUUGUAGAGAAAAUCAAGACAGGUACAAAGCUUUUCCUAUAUGAUACUGACCUGAAGCUUCUUUAUGGUGUAUACAAGGCAACAUGCAAUGGGAAAUUGAACUUGGAGAAAGCUGCGUUUGGAGGCAAAUUUCCUGCCCAGGUAAGAUUCAAGAUUUUGAAGGAUUCUUUGCCCCUUCCAGAGAGUGCUUUCAAACAAGUAAUCAAGGACAACUACAAAGGAAAAAGAUUCAAACAAGAGCUUAGUAACCGACAGGUAAAAAAUCUGAUUUCAUUGUUCCUCCCAAUUUCUGCAAUUAGUCCAGCCCCUCUGGCCCCUCCACAGGCUGACUCUCCUCCAGUAAGGGUGGAUCGCCGCAGAAAGCCAGCGAGGACUCGCCGCACUGCGGAGGAUCCAUAUGCAAAUAGAGCACCUGUUGGUCGCACUCUAGCAGUUGCUCGUGCUCCAGCAAUGGAUCCACCCCCACGAAAUGAUCGAUAUGUAUCUGCUGCAUACGUGGAACAUCCCCAACCAAGUGUUCAGUUCAGACAUGUUCAGCCUAUAGGCCCAAUGCCUCAUGCUGAUCCUUAUUAUUCUGCAGAAUAUCAUCCAAGUUACAUGCCUGAAAACCCAGUUCUACCUGCACCGAACCGAUACAGCAGGUAUGGGACUGCAGUGGAGAUGAUUCCACGGGAUCGACCUGCUCUCUUAGAGAGUGAGUAUACUGGUCAUCAUGCAAUGGCAUCAUCACGUCCACAGCUAUCUGCCUUGUAUGCUUCUGAAGAUCUGCGACCACCAUUCCGGACAACUUCUCGCCGGAAGGCUGUGGCUUAUGAAGAUGCGCACCAUGUAUAUGCUGCUUCUAUGCAGAGGCCAGUAUCGGGAAGAGCUAGUUUGGUGGGGGAACAUGUGCCCGUUUCCUCGAUUUAUUCAUUUGCAGGAGCACCUACCUACCGCUGACUGACAAUUCGGACUGGGAGGAAAGAUUCAUAUUGAUAUGCGCCUUUCCGUCAUUCCCACUUUUCCUGAAUGGUGUUCCCUGUGUGAGAAGCAUCGGAUGGUUGCUUUCAAGGAAAAUUUAGAACGAGAGACCACCUUUUCUUAACCUGUCUUUGCGUCUCGUAUCUAUCUGUAACGUUCUAUUUGAUGGAUUUGAGACACAACUCUACCUUGAAUUGCUGUGUUACAUCUGUUGACUUUAGUUUUACUGGGCUAGCAUGCGUACUUUUUUUCCCU